AUGCCUGACUAGGUCCCUCCCUGACUAGGCCCCCCAUCUUACUUCCCACAGCCUCUGAGGAGGAGAGCAGCCGGGGGAGGCCAGCCCAGCUUCUCCCCAGCUCAAAGAGCUUCGCCUUCCAGAUGCAGAUACGGAGGGGCCGCUUCAGUGUGGUGAGGCAGUGUAGGGAGAAAGCAAGCGGGCGGGCGCUGGCUGCUAAGAUCGUACCUUACCAGCCCGAGGGCAAGACAGCUGUGCUGAGAGAAUACGAGGCACUGAAGAGACUGCACCACCCACAUCUGGCCCAACUCCAUGCCGCCUACCUCAGUCCCCGGCACCUGGUGCUCAUCCUGGAGCUGUGCUCUGGCCCUGAGCUACUACCCUGUCUGGCAGAGAGGGACUCCUACUCAGAGUCUGACGUGAAGGACUACCUGUGGCAGAUGCUGAGCGCCACCCAGUACCUGCACGCCCAACACAUCCUGCACCUGGACCUGAGGUCUGAGAACAUGAUGGUCACCGAGUAUAACCUGCUUAAGAUUGUGGACCUGGGCAACGCCCAGAGUCUCGGCCAAGAGAAGGUCCCGCCCCCCGAGAACUUCAAAGACUACCUGGAGACCAUGGCUCCGGAACUUCUGGAAGGCCAAGGGGCUGUUCCACAGACAGACAUCUGGGCUAUUGGUGUAACAGCCUUCAUUAUGCUGAGCGGCGAGUACCCAAUGAGCAGCGAGGGGACUCGAGACCUGCAGAAAGGCUUGCGCAAGGGACUCAUUCGGUUGAGUCGCUGCUACGCAGGGUUGUCGGGAGGUGCCGUAGCCUUCCUUCAGAGUUCAUUGUGCGCUCGACCUUGGGGCCGCCCGUGUGCCUCCACCUGCUUGCAGUGCGGAUGGCUGACGGAAGAAGGCCCCGCCGGCUCCAGAUCCACGCCAGUAACCUUCCCCACCGCCCGGCUGCGUGCCUUUGUGCGCGAGCGUGAGAAGCGGCGGGCUCUACUCUACAAGAAGCACAACCUGGUCCAGGUGCGCUGAGGUCCUGCUCUGCCGGGCAACAUGUGCCGUGCCAAUAAAAUAUUUUUCUGCUUCAUUGUGUCACCUUCUU